UUACGCAUUUGCUGCCUUUUGUGUGACGCUAUGCUACCUGCUUUGGAUGUAACUGUACAAAACCGCUUGGAACUCAUAACACGUAGACUCUGCUACAAGCUUUACAUGGUGAACAGUGCGAACUAAACAAAACAGCUUGUACACAGUAGAAUGGAAGUGCAGCUUGCCGUUGCGCCACCAGGCGGUGUUUUAUUUUAAUCGUAAUAUAUUAUCCUUGUGCAAUACGUGUUUUAGCAUGUUUUAGUCAAGUUUGACUUUGGACCAUGUAUAUAAAGCUCGAAUAGGCCUACACGUUUUAGGACAGUGUAUUUAAAGCUCCAAAACGAGUGUAAAUAUUUUUAUAGGGAAUGGAUCCUACCAAGGUUGUUAUACUCCACUCAACACAGAGGUUCUCCUAUCCAAGGAGGGAAGUCCUUAACAGAACAUAACAUAGCAGCCUUCAUUGAAUUUUGUUCGUCAAGGUUGAUCGAAUUUCUGGGAUGUCUGUCAGGAUGAUCUAUGAACGUGAAGUAACAUACAAAUAAAUUACAUCCGGAAGACAAUCAGAAUGGAUUCCCUGGAUAGUGAGCAAAGGUCUGUACUCCUGUCAACAUUCUUAGAUCACAAAUUUACAGGGACACAAAAGGAGGUGGACAUCAUUCAGAGGUCCAUAGUCUUACAGGAACAUUUAGAAAAUACUGGCCGCAAUAACGUUUAUCAAUUUCUAACGGGCAGCCAUGCAAAGGGAUUUUAUCUACCGGGUUCAGAUGAAGAUGUCAUGGCAAUAAUCAAGAAAGUUACAGUUAUGUACCCUGAUCAGUGCAUUUCUCCACACAUGGCACACAAGACAAUUCUGUACAUGAGAGAGGCAGACUGCCGCCCUGGCUAUGUAAAGCUACAGUUUGGCCAAGUAGGACAGGGAUUUGAUUUACAUUUAUAUAAUUCACUUAUAGCAACUGAAGAUUCAGUUUUUGUUUCCAGUGAUAAGUUUAGAGAGCAAAUGGUGAGUUUAUUAAGUGAACAUAUAGGUCUGAAAUACACAUCCAAUGGCCCCAGCUGUACAGCAAAUUCAUUUUCAUAUGAUUCUGACACAGCUUUCUCCUUUCCAUGCAACUGUUGGCCAGAGGAGGCUAAUGAAUGGAUUACACGUACACGUUUGUAUGGAUGGCCACAACACACCUUGAUUGACAAGAUUGUACACUGUGGAUGUCAUCUAGUUGCAGUUGGAGACAAAUGUUCUGAAGAAACAAAUUUACAAUGGAGAAUUUCAUUUGUAACAGCAGAGAGAUCUUUAGUUCACUCCUUUAGUCACAUCCAAUUCAAAGUAUAUGCUUUGCUGAAAUAUUUCUUAAAACAAAUAAAAGACACAUUAAAAGAAGACAUCGGGGAUGACGAUAUCUUGUGCUCCUAUUUUUUAAAAACAACUCUUUUUCAUGCAAUAGAGAAUUCGAGUCAAAUGUUCUGGCAAGAAAAAAACUUGUUUUAUUGUUUCUGGUUUUGCUUCAAUACACUGAUUGCCUGGGUGAAGGCAGGGUACUGUCCCAACUACUUCAUCCCAACCAACAACUUGUUCCAAAGGAAAGUCCAUGGACAGCAUCAACAAAUAUUGUUAGACAUUUUGAACAAAUUUUGUAAGAUGAAAUGGAUGUGUCUGUCCAUAGGAACCUUCUACAAACCCUCAAUGUGGGAAGAGCUGAGUAAUGUCUCAAAAAAUCCUCAGUUUGUUUGUCCUAAAACUGCAGAGGAAAUUUCCUUCCACCAGGAUACAAUAACUGCCUCCAUUUUAAAAAUGGCUAUGGCACCACGUGAUACUCCACUUGGAACCAUCAGGGAGGGGAUUGACUUAUUAUCAAGAUCACAGUCAGAUUUUGAAGACAUUUACACAUACCACUAUGCUAUGAUGGGUCUUCAAAGACUUGCAACAGAGCAGGCUUAUCCAGAUCACAUGGUUGCUACAAACAACAAGACCAAGUACAGAAGUCUAAAGAAAUGUAAACACUGGAUGAUUCCCAGUGCUUCAAUGGGUACAGAGCUGUUGCGUGUGGCCACCUUUCACUUCCUGACUGGAAAUUUCAGUAAAUCUCUUGAUAUGUGCAAACAAAGCAUGGAUCUUGCAUCAUGCUUCACUGAUAGCAUGCGACCAAAAGCAAAGCUUCAUCCACAACAAGAAGCAAGGUAUAGACAUGAGUAUUGUCGACAAGGACAAACAUUAGACAGGCUACAGAAAAUAUUCGCAAACAUUAUAUUUUUUGAUAGCAAAAACUUUUAUCCUCCUCAUCUCUGUCUAGAAAUGUUGAAAGACAAUGCAUAUGUAUCUAUCCCACCAUUGCCGUAUGCUGUGUUUCUGUCAUUCCUGUGUUAUCACAAGCUUGGAGAUACUAUAGGAUGUGAUGCAGCACUACACCAACUGAUUGAACUCCAACAUGAUAAAGAACGAGGAGGACACAAAUACUGGAUAGUUCACACUCUCCUCGGGAUCUGUUACCAAAUACUUAGAGACAGUCACAGGGCAAUCAGAGCUUACUGGGAGUCAGCACAAUCAAAGACUGCUUUUCAUGAGUGGAAUCCCGCUAUUAAAAGAAUAGCUGUGGUGUGUCUAUGUAUGUAUGUCUCACAGACGUCUGACAGAGGAUAGCUGUGGUGUAUCUAUGUAUAUAUGUCUGAC